AUGUUUCAUUAUACGUUUCAUGUACAUUCGGACAAUGAUGAAUCUGACGAAGAUCUACAUCGAGCUGUGAAGGAGUAUUUUUCCAUCGACAGCAUUGGAGUUUGUAAGCCAGCUAAGUUACUCCUAUCGUUUGAAGAUGAGCGAGCUAGGUCUCUCUUAGAGUCCCGUACGCGUUUUAACGGCGAACGGUAUGAAACAGGCUUACUUUUUCGAUACGAUGAUUUCCGUCUACCUGAUAGCCGAGAAAUGGCGCUACGUCGGCAUCGAUCUCUGGAGAAACGCAUGGCGAAAGAUCAACGGCUGGCGGAAGUUCUACAGAAGAAAAUUUCAGACUAUACUACAAAAGGUUAUAUCCACAAGUUAUCCAACGAUGAAGUCAAACAACAUUGCAGCGACACCUGGUUCCUGCCAGUAUUCCCAGUCACCACUCCAAACAAACCCGAAAAAGUGAGAAUAGUGUGGGACGCAGCUGCAAAAGUUCAUGGGAAGUCACUGAAUUCCGUUCUACUAAAGGGGCCCGAUUUGCUCUCCUCUCUGUUCGAAAUUCUACUCCGUUUUCGCAUUCAUCCUGUUGCAGUAACUGCAGACAUCCGCGAAAUGUUUCAUCAAGUGUUGAUACGUGAAGAAGACCAACGAUACCAAUGCUUCUUUUGGACGGAUGAACAGGGGAAUCUAGCAGUAUACAAAAUGAAAGUAAUGACAUUUGGGGCAUGCUGUUCUCCGAGUAGCGCUCAAUACGUGAAGAACAUAAAUGCAGAACGGUUCAAGAGUGAAUACCCGGCGGCAUACGAGGCCAUCACGAAAUCACACUACGUCGAUGACCUGUUAAUCAGUGUCGCUUCUGAGGACGAAGCCAUACAGAUAGCGAAGGAUGUUAGGCACGUGCAUGCACAAAGCGGGUUCGAGAUUCGAAACUGGAUCAGCAACUCCAGACGGGUAACGUCAGCACUACAAGAAGUAAACAUGGAGGAGAAAUGUCUUGACCUAUCAUCAGAACUGUCUACAGAGAAGGUCCUAGGUAUGUGGUGGAAUACAACGUCUGACGCAUUCACGUACAAAAUCGGUUGGACUCGUUUUGACGGAGCUCUGUUAAAUGGUCAACGACGACCUACAAAGCGCGAGGUUCUACGGAUUCUCAUGUCUAUAUUCGAUCCACUUGGACUGAUUGCUCACUUUCUAGCGUACUUGAAAACCUUGUUGCAAGAUAUCUGGAGAUCCGGUAUUGAAUGGGACGAAGAAAUAAACGACGUUGCAUUCACGGAUUGGCUCACCUGGCUGAAAGUCUUGCCCAAUGUCGAAAACGUUCACAUCGCCCGGUCCUACAGUGUCAGAUAUCCAUUCACCAAAGCGGACGAAAUACAACUGCAUACUUUCGUAGAUGCAGGGAAAAAUGGAAUGGCAGCUGCAUGUUUUCUUCGCCUUGCCAAGAAUAGUAUAAUUCAUUGUUCACUUAUCACCUCUAAAACCAAAGUCGCACCGCUGAAACUCACAUCGAUUCCUCGACUGGAACUACAAGCAGCGUUGAUAGGGACACGGCUCAGUCGAACAGUUAUCAACAAACUUGGGAUACGAAUCUCUAGGAAGUUUUACUGGUCAGAUUCGAGAGAUGUUUUAUGUUGGAUUAACUCCGAUCAUCGUCGAUAUACUCAAUUUGUCGGGUUCAGGAUAACGGAGAUCCUAGAGACUACGGAAGCACAGGAAUGGCGAUACGUACCAAGCAAACUAAACGUUGCCGACGAUGGCACCAAGUGGGACAAACAACCUGAUUUAUCUCCCGACAGCAGGUGGUUCAAUGGACCAGAUUUCCUAUGGACAACCGAAGACAAGUGGCCACAGUUAGGAAUCCGGAACAAAUCCACAGAUGUUGAACUCGUAGCAAGCCUUUCCCUCCACUACGCUCUCUAUGAACCGAUUGUCCUCAUCGCUGACUAUUCUAGUUGGGUUCGGUUGAGAAAUGUUGUAGCACGUGUGUUACGGUUCAUAAAAAAUUUGCGAUCCAAGCAACGGAAACAUCCAAUCAUCACAGGACCACUCGUCGGAAAUGAACUCUGCGCUGCUGAAGCUUAUUUGAUUCGUCUCGCGCAACAAGAAGGUUACCCCGAGGAAGUCUCCGUUUUCCUGAGUUCAAGGCAGAAGGAAGACGGCUCAACAACGACCCUUCGGAAAUCAAGCUCACUCUACAAGCUGACACCAUGGCUGGACGAAUGUGGCAUUCUACGAAUGAGAACUCGUAUCGCAGCCUGUCAAUAUGCAACUGAAGAUGCGAAGAAACCCAUCAUUCUACCAAGCAAGCACCAUAUCACUACCCUUAUAAUUUCGCACUACCACAACGAAUAUCAUCACCAAAACCACGAAACGGUGAUAAACGAACUGCGACAGAGAUAUCAAAUCAAGCAUCUACGCUCGCGCUUUCAACAAGUAUGCAGAGAUUGCCAGAGAUGCAAGGUUGAACAUGCCGCACCAAACCCUCCACUCAUGGCAGAUCUACCUCCUGGACGCCUGGCAGCAUUCUCACGCCCGUUCACGCACACAGGAAUAUACUACUUCGGCCCAAUCGAAGUAGUCGUUGGAAGGAGAGUCGAGAAACGUUGGGGAAUGCUAGCGACCUGCUUGACCGUUCGAGCGAUACAUAUCGAAGUAGUACACUCAAUGACUACUAGUUCUUGUAUCAUGGCAAUCCACAAUUUCAUCGCUAGGCGCGGGCAACCCUGUAAAUUCUACAGCGCUCGGGGAACUAAUUUCGUCGGGGCCGAGCGAGAACUGAAGAAGAUGAGAGAAACGAUCGAUCAUAACGUUAUUAUGAAAGAGUUUACCAAUACCAAGACUGAGUGGUUGUUUAAUCCACCAUUGGCGCCACACAUGGGCGGAAGCUGGGAGCGACUUAUUCGUACAGUAAAGAACAACUUAAUGGCCGUCUGCACAACGAAAAAGCCAUCUGAUGAAGUACUGCGUAACACACUAAUCGAAAUUGAAAACGUGGUUAAUUCCCGUCCGCUUACGCACGUGCCGUCAGACGAAGACUCUGCUCCCGCUCUCACACCGAACCACUUCCUAUUGGGAUCGUCCAACGGAAACAAACCGCUCGUCACGAUUAACAACUCUGGGCUCACCUUGAAGCAGAACUGGUGCACUUCCCAGGUCCUGGCAAAUCUGUUUUGGAAGCGAUGGCUUACGGAUUAUUUGCCCGAAGUCACCCGUCGAACCAAAUGGUUCCAUGCAGUGAAACCUAUCACCAGUGGAGAUAUCGUAGUCAUCGUUGAUCCCAAGAUGCCCCGAAAUUGCUGGCCCAAAGGAAGAGUCAUCAAUACAAUCCUCGGACGAGACGGACAGGUACGGUCUGCAACCGUACAGACAGCCGCUGGAAUCUACGAGCGCCCGGCCGCCAAGCUGGCGGUGCUAGAUGUUCAGCGCGUCGAGUCGUAA